AGGUAUGUGAGCUUGUUUUCCUUUAGUGAAGUGUCAGUGACAGGCUCACGACAGUACCAUAUAGCCGACUCGCUAGCCUAGCCCAGGUAAACAUCACAGGGCAAGGGGCUGGGCUGUAUCACCCAGGUUUGGCAGUUUUUGACCAUUGUUCGCAUAGACCGACUGGUUUAGCGGGUUAAUAAGCGGAGCUAAGAGUGUUUGCGUUGUUAAUUAGAAGCUUAAACUGAUAUGACGACAUGUUGAAUAGCAAGCUAUAGCUAACAGUGAAGAUCGGCUUAGGUUCGACUUAAAAUCUAGAAUGGUGUGCUGCCACAACGCAUUGGGUCAGACCAGCCUGUCCAUAUGGGGAUGGAGCGGUUUGGGGGUGGUGCUCUUUCUCAUUACAUUUGGCCCCUUUGCCAUAUUUUAUUUUGUUUUUUAUAUCCUGUGCUUCGUUGGUGGAGGCUUUGUAGUAACCCUUUUAUUUGGAAAGACAAACUCAGAGAAACACUUGGAGAAAUGUGAACAGUCCUUCCUCCCUGCAACUCCGUCUGGCAUACUAAAGACAUUGGAUGAAUUGAAGCUGGAAGUCAAGCCCAUCAAAAUUGACAGAAGAGUUACAGGAUCCAACAUUAUUGAUGAGCCAUUACAGCAGGUUAUCCAGUUUGCCCUGAGAGACUACAUCCAGUAUUGGUAUUACACUCUCAGCGAAGACGAGUCCUUUCUGCUGGAAAUCAGACAAACUGUUCAAUAUGCACUCGUCCAGUUUUCCACAAGGUCCAAAGAGGUGGACUGGCAGCCGUAUUUCACGACCAGAUUGGUCGAUGACUUCGCCACUCAUCUGCGGGUGUUCAGGAAAGCCCAGGAGAGGCUGAACGAGAAGGAAGACCCUAAACAACGGGAUGACCCCGAGGAGCUGCUGGACUCAUUCUUUGAGGCUGAGGUGGAGAUGGAGAGGACGCUCUGUAGGGACGUGGUCUGCACCAUGCCCAAAGAUGAAGAGGGCUUUCUGAGAGACCUUUGUGAGGUCUUGCUGUACCUGUUACUACCUCCUGGAGACUUCCACAACAGGAAUAUGAGAUACUUUGUCAGGGAAAUCCUUGCGAGGGGUGUUCUGCUUCCACUGAUCAACCAGUUGAGUGAUCCAGAUUAUAUUAAUCAGUAUGUGAUUUGGAUGAUCCGGGACUCGAGCUGUAACUAUGAGGCCUUCAUGAACAUCCUGAAGCUGUCAGACAAGCCCGCGGAGCUGGAGGCCGUGAAAGACAAGGCAGCCGAGGAGCUGCAGUACCUGCGCUCCCUGGACACUGCUGGAGACGAUAUCAAUGUGAUAAAGAAUCAGAUCAACAGUUUGCUGUUUGUGAAGAAGGUCUGUGAGACCAGAAUACAGAGGCUGCAGUCAGGAAAGGAGAUAGACGCCCUGAAACUGGCGGCAAGCUUUGGCAAGCUUUGUGUCAUCCCACUGGAGCAAAUACUGGUUCACAACAUUGCACUUCAGUUUUUUAUGGACUACAUGCAGCAGAUGGGGGGCCAGGCGGACCUGUUCUUCUGGCUGACGGUGGAGGGGUACCGGGUGACGGCCCAGCAGCAGCUGGAGGUCAUGCAAGGCUGGCAGAGGGACGGAACGAAGCAGGGCAGCCAGACCAAAGGCCUGCUGAAGGCCGCUGUGCUGGGAGUCUAUGAGCAGUACCUGUCCGAAAAGGCGUCACCCAGAGUUCAGGUGGACGAGGCUUUGAUCGCAAAGCUGGCUGAGAAACUGCAUAAAGAGGACCCCACGCCUGAGAUAUUUGAUGAUAUCCAGAGAAAGGUGUACGACAUGAUGCUGCACGAGGAGCGCUUCUACCCGUCCUUCAAACAGCACCCGCUGUACGUGCGCAUGCUGGCCGAGCUGGACAUGCUGAAGGAGCCCAGCCUGCGCGGGUCCGACGACGGGGAGGGAGAAUCAUUUAAUGGAUCUCCUACAGGAAGCUUAAAUUUGUCAUUGGACGACCUCUCCAAUGCAAGUUCGGAUGAAUCAAUGCAAAUUCAUGCUUUUAUUUCCGAUACUGUUGCUGACACUUGUUUAAACCAAAUUCAUGUGGCAGGAGUGUGCAAUGAUCACGGGAAGACUUAUGCACUGUACGCCAUCACCGUGUCCCGGAAGGCUCCGGACGGCAGCGGGGACACCUGGGUGACCUAUCGUCGCUAUAGCGACUUCCACGACUUCCACAUGCGCAUCACAGAACAGUUUGAAAGCCUUGCUCCCAUCUUGAAACUUCCCGGGAAAAAGACCUUCAACAACAUGGACCGGGACUUCCUUGAGAGGAGAAAGAAAGACCUCAAUGCUUACCUGCAGCUGUUGCUGAAUCCAGAGACGAUGAAAGCGUGUCCCACGCUGUCUGCGUAUCUGUGCGACUUCCUGGAGAACAAAGCGUACAACAAAGGGAAGGGCGAUUUUGCACGAAAGAUGGACACCUUUGUGAACCCCCUGCGGAACUCCAUGCGGAACGUGUCCAACGCUGUCAAGUCCCUGCCGGACAGCCUCGCCGAGGGCAUGACCAAAGUGUCCGACAACAUGGGCAAGAUGUCCGAGAGACUGGGCCAGGACCUCCGGCAGUCCAUAUUCAAGGUGCCCCCGAUGAUGCCGAAGUCGGACAUCAACUCGGAACACUGCAGGGUCUCCGCGCAGCUGGAUGACAACGUGGACGAUAACAUUCCACUGCGGGUCAUGCUGCUGCUGAUGGACGAAGUGUUUGACCUGAAAGAGAGGAACCAGUGGCUAAGGAGGAACAUCAAGAACCUCCUGCAGCAGCUCAUUCGCGCUACCUAUGGAGACACCAUCAACAGAAAAAUAGUCGAUCAUGUGGAUUUCAUGACGUCUCCAGAGCAGGUGGCUGACUUUGUGAAGCGCUUCAGAGACUCCUAUUGGCCCAAUGGGAUCCUGGCAGAGACUCCGCCCCGCAGAGACAAAAACAUCCGCAUGAGGACCAGGGUUGCUGCUAAAACCAGCCUGCUGGGGAUAAUGCCAGACGAGCUGAAGCACAUCAUCGGCGCAGACACCACCCGGAAGGGCAUCCUGCGCGUCUUCGAGAUGUUCCAGCACCAGCAGCUGAACCGCCGGCUGGUGUACGUCUUCCUGGAGGGCCUGCUGGAGACCAUGUUCCCCCAGUGCAAGUUCCCCGAGCUCUUCGCCAAGCUGCACUCCUGCUCCGAGCGCACGCACAGAUACUCGCAAAAGCUGAGGACAGCGCAGAAGAGGUGACGGGCCACCGCCACCACCACCAGGGGGCGGUACGGAGGGAGGGGAGACGAGGGGGGCCGACAUCACUGCCCAGAGAGCGCCCCCCUCCCCUGCCCUCCGCACCCUGUAAGCGAGCUCUGAAUCAUCGCGCCUGUAGCAUGGAGUUUUCGAUGGGUCUUUGUGGAUCCCAAGCUGCCAGAGCCAAACCACUGAAAAAAACUUCAGAAACUAUGGUGCUGGACAACUGCUGAUGGUAUCAGAUGUUCUUUCUGUCCAUGUUUUUACUGUUUCCUCAUUUUAAAAGUUAGGUGAUAGUUUGAAGUGUGGGACAACCUGGCCCCAUAUGGUAGGUUCCUUCAGACUUCCACGGUAUGUAGGCCCAACGUAGUUUUUGCAGAGGUGAGGCACAAGUAGAGUAGUACCUUUAGACACUUUUUAUUGGAUCAGAGAGUGGUGCUGAACAACAAAUGAGAAAUCAGAAUGGUGAGAUUGUAUUGAAUGGACAGUGGUGGGUUUGCACCCUACACCUGCUUUGGUGGAAUUGGUUUUGGGGCCUGUAGAACCGGAGAGAAGGUGAACUUGCAUUUAAAACAUUAUUCCGGCCCAAUCUGCAUAUCCUGUUCAGUUGCAUUUUCACAGCUGGGAUUUCAGACGCCAGUUCAUUUUAAAUGCAUUCAUUCAUCCUUCAACUAAUUACACAAAACAUCUUUGUGGCCAAAUUUUGUAGCAGGGAGCCCAUCAGUGUGUUCCUGUGGUAACAGAUUUAAGUGAGUAUUCUUCCCUGACGUGUUCAUUUUAGUCGCUGUCAAUCCUGUGAUGGUGUGUGAGAGCUGGGGUGAAAAAAUACUUGAUUCAUUAAUUCCUCGCAGAGUUAAGGAGUAACUGCCAUAGCAGUUGGACUGAAUGCCCCUCGCAUAUCAGAUGCAAGAAUUUUGUUUGAAGAUUCUGCACAUUCCUAGUGUUCGCUUGGAUUUCUGAAACGGGUGUUGGGGCACUUUCACAUAAAGUAUAGCAUUUAAAUACUCGUGGAUAACUUUUAACCAGUGUAGAGCCUAACAGGAUUUUCACACUACAUCUUAGCACCAACUGCAGCCGAUACAUGAGAGGGUGAACGGCUGUCCUCUAAAUACCGAGUGUGAAAGUGCCCUUUGACUUAAAGUACCGUUAAACACUGGGGGGGGGAAACCUGCUUAAUAUCUUAGAUUCCAGUGAGAAACGCAGGAGAAAUCACCAACUUCCUAGAGGUGACUGAAUCCAUUUGACCUGUUGUCCAGGGAUUGGAUUUUGAUGCAGAUAAAUGUUUGUGUUUGUUUAAAGCAUACUGAGAUAUGCUCUAAAGAAUGUAACUCUCGGAUGUAAAAUAUCUGUUUGUGUCCUUUUUUUAACCCGGUUACAUGUUGUAAAACAUUGUAUGCUUGCAGAUCUGAUUGUAAAGAUACGUUUGUAGCUGUAAAAUGGGGAAAGUCCCACUUGAGUCAGGAAAACUGUGCCACUGAUAGAUAGCGAAUCAGCCUUAAUACUAAACGAGAGUUUAGAGAAUUGAGAUGCGCUAGAGGUUAGAGACCCUGGCAGACUACUUCAAAUGCAUAGAUUAAAAUACCAAAUUCUGUGUGUUUCUUCAUAGUAUUAGUCAUUUUGUGCAAUAUUUUUUUUCUUUCAUGCAUGGUUAUCAGAACAAUUGUACAAAAAUAUUUUUGGAUAGGCAUAAAAGAGAGAACAAGUUAACUGGCACUGAAAACUCAACCAGUUACAUUCCGCUUGUCAAGUUGAGUUUAAGGACUUGUUUUAUAAGUCUUACAUUUUUUCACUCCUCUGUGACACUUUUAUGAAUAAUGGACAUUUUUCAUCUGCGCAUGGCUUACAGCACAAGCAUUCUGAUGUGCACAUUGAAAAUAAUUUCAGUACGUAGUUGCAAACAUGUACAGUAUGCAGCAUAGACGGACAUAAAGCAUACAUGUCUGCAACUCAUACUGUGCGUCGUAAUUGGAAGCUUUUACUUGCUUCCUGUAUUACACAGUAGUAGAUAUCCAAUCAGAAUGAUAGUUGAUUCCACCGAUAUGUGAAUACCUGGGCAGUACCUCCAAUUAGGUGUGAGGGGGAAAUGCCCAAUCCCAGGCUGCAUUGCAACUCACCCCCUCUCUGCCCUCUGACCUCUAAAUUUGAGCCUUCAGUUUGGCCAUAAAGUUUUAUUUUAUAUGGUGAAAAAUCACAGCACUUGAAGAUCAUGUGAGUAGAUUAAUUAUACGGGAAAAACAUCAAUAAAACCUAGUGCGCUUAACUAUGGUGGACAUGUAUUUUAUCAUACUAACACAAAUAAUACACUAGUAAUUAUUAAAACUUUGAAAAGAAAGUAAAUAAUUGCAUAUUUACUUUGCAUUGAAUAGCUGUGCUAUAUUUUUAUGGAGUAUUUAUCUUACUUUUUAUCAUGUAUGUCUAAUAAAAAGUACCCGUUUAGAUUUUUUUUUGUUUGUUUUUUUUGUAAAUGUAUGGAUAUGGAUUGCACUGUGUUGAUGUGCUUAAAGGCAAUUCUGAAGAGAGUUUCAGACCCAACUCUUACCCGCUGCUUCUUCUCUCUCCCUCACCACCUAAGCGAUCACUAGCUAAGUAAUCACUUGAGGGGUUCAGGGGUUGAGAUAGUGGUUUGGAAUUCAGCCACAAUGUCAAGUGUCUCUUGACCCCCCCCCCCCCCCAAGACCACCUGGUCCCCUAGGAUGUAGGAGUUUUUUCUUCUUUGUUUGAAUCACCCUGUAUAUAUGAAUUUAUGAUAAUUAAUUGUGCAUAUCAUUGUAUAGUAUCUGUCAACAGUGUGCCUAAAUGUACUGUCAAUUCUAUUUUCUUAUUUUUCUUUUAGGAGCAAAAAGUUAAUCAGAAUGUUAUGGUCAUUUUAAUGGACUGAAAAGGCCUCUAAAAAGAUUUCUGUUUGCUCAGUGCUAACAACGAAUUCAGUAUAACACUAAUAAAAUGUUAACUUAAA